AUGCCUACAGUAGAGACGACGAAAGUCUCAAAGGCUGGAAUUACCACAUCCGAGACUGGCGAGCGUCAUAUUCCCUCGUCCACACGCGCCGACGGCUCCGUACGGAAGGAAAUCAGAGUUCGCCCAGGCUACCGCCCGCCCGAAGACGUCGAAAUCUACAAGAAUCGUACUGCAGAAGGAUUCCGUAACCGUGGCAAGGGAGGCGUUCCUGGAGCUGAAGAAUCAAAGGACGAGAGCGAGCCCGGCAAAGGGAGCCCUGCCGCGAACAAGAAUGCCAAGCGUCGGGAAGCCAGGAGAAAGGCUGCGACUGCUGCUGCGGACGCCAACGAUACCGCAGAACAGCUGCCCACCGAGAGCAAGGCACCUGUCGAACCCACACCGCCCGCCGACCCUGAAGCUGAAAAGGAGAAGGAAGCCAAGAAGCUGAUGAAGAAGCUACGCCAGGCAAAAGAGCUCAAAGACAAGAAGGAGAAGGGCGAUGUUCUGCUGCCAGAGCAGUUUGAAAAGGUGAUUAAGAUCAAUGAGCUUAUUCGGCAAUUGGAAAAUCUGGGUUUUGAUGCACAGGGUGAGAAGAAAAAUGGCUGA